ACUUCUUCCGAUUACAUUAACGCUACAUACAUCACCGGUUAUAAAGAAGAGAUACGUUACAUAGCGACACAAGAACCCGAAUCAAAUACUGUCACCGAUUUCUGGCAUAUGAUUUGGCAGGAAAACGUUCUUAUUAUUUGUAUGUUAACAAACGUAGUCAACAAUGGAAAGACAAACUGCGAACAAUAUUGGCCAGAUAUUGACAAGAAGAUGAAAUACAGUGACAUUACUGUAUUAAACGAAAAGCAAAAUAUUUUUGCUUAUUACUCUUUUAGAACAUUCCAAGUGACUUAUGAAGAGGAAACACGAAAAGUACCAAUUUUUUAAAAUAACUGGACACAAAACUUUUAUUAAACAAUAUAUCCAUAUUAUAUAGAUAGAACAUUUAUAAUACACGGCUUGGCCUGACUAUGACGUGCCAUUAAAUACACAUUCAGUUGUCACAUAUUUCAAGAAAUUGUUAGCGUUAUCACCAAGAGAUGGAUCCGUGGUAGUUCAUUGUAGUGGCGUUGAAAAAACGGGAAUUAUUAUUUUGUGCGACAUUUGUCUCUGUCGAGCAAAGGCCGAAGAGGUAGUCGAUGUUCUCGAAGUAACGGAAUCCAUUAGAAGCGAACGAGAUAACAUGAUUAAUAUGCAGCAAUAUCUCUUUGCGCAUGUGGUGUUAGUAGAAUGUUUGCUUUCCAUUCCAACUGCAGUUCCUUGUAAUGAGAUGUUAAUUACGCGAAUAAAGGAAUUGAAAGAACAAUCGCCGGCUCUUCAGCAAAGAUUACACGACACUGCAUGGCAAGAUAUAAUACUGCGACAAGAUAAAAUCAGUACAGUAUAUUUGAAGAAAUACCCGGCUUCGGACAAGGACAGCGAUUAUCUAUACAUUGUUUAUGUAGACGGAGUAAAACUUUAGAAUCAGUACCUAGCU